AUGGCGCCUCAGCGGAGGGGCGCGCCCCGGGCGCCCGAGGGCAGCGGGGCGGCCGAUCGCCGGCGCCCGACCAGCGGGAAGGGCGGCCGUGCGCCAAGGGAGGCUCGGAGGAGGUGGCUGAGGGCCGGCGUCCUGGGGGCCUGCGCCGCGCUGGCCGUGCUCCUGCUCUGGGGCGGCCAGGGGGCCGACGACGGCGUCACCGAGGUCCUGGCUGGCCGCGGCGAGGUCCUGCCCGGCAGGUUCAUCGAGGUGCCCUGCUCGGACGACUACGACGGUCACCGGCGGUUUGAAGGAUGCUCCCCUCGCAGGUGUGGGCGGGGUGUCAGCGACACGGUCAUCACCCAGGAGGAAGCCCGGCGCAUCCGCAGCAUAGCGGAGAAGGGGCUGGCCCUGGGCGGCUCUGACGGAGGGGCGUCCAUCCUGGACCUGCACUCGGGGGCCCUGUCUGUGGGGAAGCACUUUGUGAACCUGUACAGGUACUUCGGGGAGAGAGCGCAGAACGUCUUCUCGGAAGAGGACUUCCAGCUGUACCGGGACGUGCGGCAGAAGGUCCAGCGCGCCAUCGCCCAGGCCUUCGGCAUCAGCGCGUCCGCGCUGCACCUGACCCAGCCCACCUUCUUCUCCCGCAUCAACAGCUCGGCCGCCCGCACGGCCCACGACGAGUACUGGCACGCCCACGUGGACAAGGUGACCUACGGCUCCUUCGACUACACCUUGCUGCUGUACCUCUCCGACUACCUGCACGACUUUGGCGGGGGCCGCUUCGUGUUCCUGGAGGACGGGGCCAACCGGACGGUGGAGCCCAGAGCCGGCCGUGUCUCCUUCUUCACCUCCGGCUCCGAGAACCUGCACCGGGUGGAGAAGGUGCGCUGGGGCACCCGCUACGCCAUCACCAUCGCCUUCACCUGCAACCCCGACCACGGCAUCGCCGACCCCGCGGUCACGUAGCGUCCAGCCCCAGGGAGCCGCCCCGCGCCCCUCCCCGCCCCCACGGGCAAGGUGCCUCCGGGACCGGCCCGUCUGUCUCCAGGGUGGCUCGUCCACGAGUAAACAGCGGGCAGCGCCCU